CCCAUCCUCGCUCUUGUACUCGUCAACACACACACAAGCACACACGAAUAGCUUCCAGCAAAAAAGAGAAGCACCAGAAAUGGCGGCACUCCCGAAGUCUCCACCGCACGGCUCGGCCUUCGACGUCGACAAGCUCACCAGCGAAAUCUUCUCGAUCCUCGAGAACAAGUUCCUGUUCGGCUACGACGCCCCCAACUUCGCCGCCCCGAAACCCCAGCCCGGCAAGCUCGCCGCCGGCAAGGUCAGGAUCCUCUCCAUCGACGGCGGCGGCGCCACCGACGGAGUCCUCGCCGCCAAGUCCCUCGUCCACCUCGAGGCUUCCCUCCGGCGGAGGUCCGGCGACCCGAACGCCCGCAUCGCCGACUUCUUCGACGUCGCCGCCGGCUCUGGCGCCGGGGGGAUCCUGGCCGCGCUGCUCUUCAUGCGCCGGAAGGAUGGAGGGGAAGGCGGCGCCACGAUCGCGGCGGAGGAGGCUCUGCGGUUCCUCAUCCGCCGCCGGAAGGCGUCCCGGGGGCGAUUGUUCCGGCGUGGGUGGCCGGGGGGCAGGGCGGAGAAGAAGCUGCUGAGGGAGGCGUUCACGGAUGAGCUCACGAUGCGGGACACGGUCAAGCCGGUCCUGAUCCCUUGCUACGACCUCGAGUCCCACGCGCCCUUUGUGUUCUCGCGCGCGGACGCACUCGAGAUGGACGCCUGCGAUUUCAAGCUGAGUGGCGUGUGCGCCGCGACGAUGGCGGAGAGGCCGUUGGAGCUGAGGUCAGUCGACGGGAGGACGAGAUUAGUGGUAGUCAAUGGGCGGGUGGCGAUGAAUAACCCGACGGCCGCGGCCAUCACGCACGUGUUGAACAACAAGCAGGAGUUCCCGUUUUGCAACGGCGUGGAGGACUUGUUGGUGCUCUCCCUGGGGAACGGCGGGUCGGAUUUCGAAGAUCCGAGCCGGUCAGGGUUCGCUCGGAUCACCGAAGAUGGAGCUUCCGCCACGGUGGAUCAAGCUGUGUCCAUGGCAUUUGGUGAAUCAGGAAAGCACAAUUACGUCCGUAUUCAGGCGAAUGGUGUCGCCGCAAGAAGGCAAGGCCUCGCCAAUUAUAAGAAGACCAGAGACUUACUGGAAAGCACAGAGGAGAUGUUAGCGCAGAAGCAUGUGGAGUCAGUACUAUUCCAAGGGAAGAAGAUAGGUGAGAGGACCAACAUAGACAGACUGGAGCUAUUUUCCGGGGAAAUCCUCAGGGAGGAAGAGAGGAGGAAAACCAGCAUACUGCCGACGGUGGUCCUGAAGCGGAGCUCCCCUCAUUCGCCGAGAACAUCGUCCUCCACUUCCCUCUCUAUCUCGUCUUCGGUGUAGAUUGAGAAGAAAGCUAAGGAAAGCACGGGACGGGGGUAGGCUGGCGAAUGCGCUCACGGACAAGGUUUUUGGGCGGAAUUUGUACUGUCGAAUCGAUUCAUCUGUCGUGGUUCGAUCGCGAUGAAUAGAAAUCGCAACCCGAGUUCGAGCUGAAGCAAUUUGUUAAGUAAAGGGGUAACUUUGGCAUCCGAUCCAACUCUGUUUGGUUUAACUAGAUCAAUCAGGUGAAGAGCUUGGUUAUGAGUUCAGUGGCCAAGGAGAUUAAUUUUUCUUUUGUUUUUUUCUUGUCCCUCGUUGUAUUGGGACAGUCGAUAUGGAUCCUGGCAUUGAGCUUUUGACUUACGGAUGACAUUUCCAAGUAAAUUUAGAAGCACUAAGCAUUAUUUCGU